UGUUCUCAGGAACGAGAUCCUGAGAUCUGAAGAGCAAGCUGCAGCCGCUCGACUCACGCGAUUCCUCCGACUAGCCGGCGACUAGGAUCACCAAUCCUCCCACCAGCCGACUAGCUGCCGUCUUCUUCCCACAGCUUCUUCCACUCUGCAGAAAGAAACAUCUCUGCCUACCACUCCCUGAGGUUACCAUCUGCAAAUCUGUCUGCCGCCACCUCUCCCGCUCCUCUGAUUAGUAGCGGCGAUUUGGAGCGAUUAUCCCGAAUCAACAAUCUUGCAAAAGGCUUCUCCAGGGUACUCUCGCCUCACCUAACUGUUAAUGGGUCGCCAAGCCAGUGCUGCAAGAAAUGACCUCGAGCACAUGCUAUCUCACGAAAACGAACAACCAAAGGCCUUGCCAUUAUCACUUUUGGAAGAUAUUACAGAUGGUUUCUCUGAGAACCGUCAAAUUGGCAGCGGUGGGUUUGCGGUGGUUUAUAAGGGAAUGCUUGAGAAUGGGACCGUUGCUGUGAAGAAGCUGUUUGAAAGGCUUGAUAUUCCCGAUAAUAAAUUCAACGAAGAGAUUCGCUGUUUGAUGAAGGUGAAGCACAAAAAUAUAGUACGGUUUCUGGGUUAUUGUGCUAACGUACAAGGCGAAAUGGUAGGCUACGAUGGAGAUUUUGUCAUGGCAGAUGUACGUCAAAGGUUGCUCUGCUUUGAGUACGUACCUAAAGGAAGUCUUGAUGAGUAUAUCAAAGAUGCAUCUUUUGGACUUGGCUGGAUAAAGAGCUAUCAGAUAAUAAAGGGAAUUUGUGAGGGUUUACAUUACCUUCACGAGAAUCAUAUUGUUCACUUAGAUCUCAAGCCCGCAAAUAUUCUACUGGAUGACAAUAUGGUGCCGAAGAUUACCGACUUUGGCCUAUCAAGGUGCUUUGAUGAAAAGCAAAGCCGAGCUAUUACCAAAAAUAUGUCCGGAACGUGGGGGUAUAUGCCACCAGAGUUCCAUAAUGGAGACAUAUGCAUAAUCACAUACAAAUCAGACAUAUAUAGUCUUGGUGUCAUAAUUAUGGAGAUGCUGACAGGAAAAAAGUGGUAUCCUGCAUAUCCUGAUAUUGAUGAUGUACUUGAAAGUUGGAGGAAUAAGUUAGGGAACUCUCAACGGAGCAUACAGUUGAAACAGAUACGGUUAUGCACCGAGAUAGGGAUAGAGUGCAUUGAUGUUAACAGAGCAAACAGACCAGAUACAUCACACAUAAUCAAUAGGCUUGGUGAAACAGAAAAUAAAUGCAUGGAAAAUCUAGAGGAUGCCACCAACAACUUGUUUCUGAGGAGGAAAAAUGUUCAUCUUAUGAAUGAUAGUACCAAGAAGAAUAUCAUCGUUGGGCAGGGGAUAGCUACGAAUCUUCAUGCGGCCCAAGAAUGUCUCAAUGAUAAUCUUCAUAUUGUUGAAGUCGAGUCGGGUCCAUCUAUGUCUGCUGAUGAUUGUAACAUUCAAGAGGCCAACAAAUGUCUGUGUGAUAAUCUUCAUACUGUUGUAGCCGAGUAUGCUCCAUCUAUUUCUACCGAGGAUCGUAACCUUCAAGAGGCACUUCAAUUCAUUAAGGUUGAUCCCGUGGGAGUAAUUGGAAUAUGGGGUCCAGGUGGAGUGGGGAAAACACACCUUUUGAACAAUAUCAAGAACUCGCUUGAUGGAGACUUGACCUUUAACUAUGUUGUACAAGUGACGGCUUCAAGGGGGUGUUCGGUGGAAAAGAUCCGAACUGACAUUGCACGCCAACUCGAUCUGAAGUAUGAUGGUAAUGUGCAAUCUCAAUGUCAUGCCAUCUUUGAUUUCCUGAAGAAGAGAAGCUUUCUUAUACUAUUGGAUGACCUUUGGGACCAAAUAGAUCUGCAGGCAGUUGGCAUACCAUAUCCCCUGGGAAGUAUAGACCAAAUCAGGAGAAAAGUGGUGCUCACAACAAGAUCAAGAAAAGUUUGUGGUCAAAUGGAGGUGAGAAAAGAGCUUAAAGUAGCUUGUCUCCAAGAGGAGGAGGCAUGGCAACUAUUUCAAGAUAAGGUUGGCCAUGAAACUCUUUCUUAUAGUCCUCGCGUUGAUGCUCUCGCAAGAGAACUUGUGAUGGAAAUGAAGGGCCUGCCAUUAGCUUUGAUAACUAUUGGAAAGGCAAUGUAUGCGAAAUUUGAUAUGGCUGAGUGGGAAUAUGCCAUCCAAUAUAUGAAACGGACAUGUUGCGAUAACGAUGACCCCUUGGAUAUGGAAAGAGUUGUUUUCAGCCAGGUCAAGUUUAGUUUUGAUAGUUUACGAAACAACACUUUGAGGGAUUGUUUCUUGACUUGUGCACUAUGGCCAGAGAAUCAAAAGAUUCCUAAAGUAGAGCUUGCUAAAUGCUGGAUUGGCUUAGGUCUAGUGUUUGAGUCAGACAUACAAUGUUCCUACACAAAAGCAUAUAGUUUGAUGGGAGAGCUUUCAGCUUCAUGUCUGUUAGAUGGAUGUGGAAAGUUGUAUGAUUUUGUUAAAAUGCAUGACGUGGUUCGUGACAUGGCUUUAUGGAUCUCUUGUGGAUGCAGUGAGAACAAUGGCAAGUGGUUUGUUCGUGCAGGAGUUGGCCCGGAUGAAAAAUUUAGCAUUCCUUGGAACCAAGUUCGAUGCAUCUCAUUGGUCCAGAACCAUUUGUUGGAAUUUCCCCUGUGUGACUCGAAUCCCCGUUACAUGAGUAUCUUAUGUCUUGGAAAUAAUCAGUUGCAUGAAAGCAUAAUAGCUGGAGAAAUCAAGAAAUUCGCUUCACUCACAUAUCUGGAUUUGCGCUUUAACCGUCUGAGCCGAAUACCUGAAGAAUUAUGUUCCUUGCCAAACUUGGAACACCUUGAUUUGUCGGAUAAUCUUGAUGUGGAUGAAGUGCCUCACUGCUUUGGAAACCUCGUUAAGCUCAAGUUCCUGUACCUAGAAUCGACUAGCAUACAAAGGAUACCGGAGAGGGUCAUAUCUAGCCUUAAAGCAUUACAGCUAAUAGACAUCAGAACUGAUUUUUUUAGUCCAGUUUCUCACGAACUUCUUUCUAGAAUGCUUCGAGAGCUGGGCACCCUGCCCCACUUGAAAGCAGUUGGUAUCAUUGUGGAGUAUAAAAUACUACAAUUAAGAGGAGGCGGUGACCUCCCCAUCAGGUAUUUAAAUCUGCGGGGACUAGAGACACAUGCACUCAACUUCUCUGAUAUUCUAUCACAUGACUUUGCACGAAGGACCUUGUAUGAACUGCGAAUUCAAAUGUGCAAAAUGAAGGAAAUAAUUUUAAGUCACGAGUUUGCACAACCAAGCUGCUGUUUUGGUACACUCAAUCAGAUCCUUUUGUUUCAUUUGUCAGACUUGAGAGAGAUAAUUUGGAUGGAAACAUCUCCAACAUCUCUAUUUCCAAGGCUCACUUGUUUGACGGUGUUGUUUUGCGGAAAGCUAAAUGACCUCUCUUGGGCGAUGUAUCUGCCUUGCCUCGAACAACUCAUAAUAGGUGGUUGUUCUUUGAUGCAGCAAGCAUUUAUGAGGGAUCAUGGUGAUAAAAAUUGUAGCGAACAAAACAGCUCUAGUAAGACAUUUCCCUGCCUCAAGUAUCUGAGAAUUUCGAGGUGUGUAUCGCUGGUCAAUAUUGGCGAUCCGGAUGUGACAUUCCCAUCCCUAGAGCGGCUGGAACUUAAUGAUUGUCAAGAACUGAAGAGGCUUCCUUUCAGGACAAACAGCUUGCCACGAAAACUGCAGGUACUCGAGAUUGAUGUUGAAUCAUGGGAAAGGUUGGAAUUGGAAGAAGGUGCCAAAUCUUUCCUGCAACCCAGGCUUGAAAUUGUGGAAGAUGUACCAUGAACAAGAAUGGACAACUAUAUCAUUGUCUCGUCUCAAAGUGUUACGGAGUAUGUACUCCUUCCGAUUCAUAUUACUACAAAGUUGUACUAACUUUGUAAAAAUUUAGCCGACUUGUCCGGAGGUGUUCUAAUUUGUGUGCAAUCUGAUAAAACAAGGGUACUACUCGCCGGACGUAACUAUAAUGGGCCGCCAAGCUAGUGUUGCACGAAAUGACCUCGAGCAUAUGCUAUCUCAUGAAAACGAGCUGCCAAAGGCCUGGCCAUUAUCACUUUUGGAAGACAUUACGGAUGGUUUCUCUAAGAACCAUCAAAUUGGCAGCGGUGGGUUUGCAGUGGUUUACAAGGGAAUGCUUGAAAAUGGGACUGUUGCUGUGAAGAAGUUGCUUGAAAGUCUUGAUAUUCCUGAUAAUAAAUUCAAUGAAGAAAUUCAUUGUUUGAUGAGGGUAAAGCACAACAACAUAGUCCGGUUUUUGGGAUAUUGUGCUAACAUACAAGGCCAAAUGGAAAACUACAAUGGAGAUUUUGUCAUGGCAGAUAUACAUCAAAGGUUGCUUUGCUUUGCUUUGAGUAUGUACCUAAAGGAAGUCUUCAUGAGUAUAUCAAAGAUACAUCUUCUAGACUUGACUGGAUAAAGAGCUAUCAGAUAAUAAAGGGUAUUUGUGAGGGUUUACAUUACCUUCACCAGAAUUGCAUUGUUCACUUAGAUCUCAAGCCAGCAAACAUUCUGUUGGAUGACAACAUGACAC